AAACGAUAUGGAGGUGGAAUUACAGCCAGAGGUGGAAUUGAAGCCUGAUGUGGAAAUGCAACCCAAAUUAGAAGCAGCUCCAGGUUCUAGUCCUGAAUUGGUUGAUGAGAAUAAGAGCUCGGAGGAACUGAAGCUGGAAGCUAAUGGGGAGGUGAAGAUAGAGAAGGUGCACCGUUUAAACGCUAAGAUUAAGGCAGAGGGCACCAGGAAUGGUGAUAUGUUGAGUGCAACAGCAGGUUGGAUGAAGAUAUGUGGGGAGGGGGAGAAUGCAGGAGGCGAGGGAGAGGUGUCUGUUAAUGGUAACACCGAUGUAGAUGAAAGCUCGGAGUUUGAGCUGAAGGAUGGAGCACUGCCGUUCUAUGUGCUGGAUGCAUAUGAGGAGCCCUUCGGUAUUAAUUCAGGCACAGUUUAUUUGUUUGGAAAGGUUGUAAUAGGCAAGCGGUUCCAUAGUUGUUGUGUUGUUGUAAAAAAUAUGCAAAGGUGCAUAUAUGCAAUCCCAAGCAGUUCAGUAUUCCCAAGGGACACAAUAUCAAGGAUAGAGAAGAACUCCACAAGUUCUGAUGCUUCGCCAUCACUUCGAGCAACUUUACAUGAGUUGUCAUCUGGACUAAAGAUUGAAGUAGCUGAGAAGUUGUCUGACCUCAAUGUUUCAAAUUUUGUGAUGACUCCAGUCAAGAGGAACUAUGCAUUUGAGAGGACCGAUGUACCAAUCGGUGAGCAGUAUGUCCUGAAAAUCAAUUACCCAUAUAAGGAUCCUGCGGUACCAGCCGACCUCAGAGGUGAACAUUUCCAUGCGUUACUUGGGACAAACAAUAGUGCACUUGAACUGUUUCUCAUCAAAAGAAAGAUCAAGGGUCCUUCAUGGCUAUCGAUUUCUAAAUUUGUGGCAUGUCCAUCUACUCAGCGGGUCAGCUGGUGUAAAUUUGAAGUUACAGUCGACUCCCCAAAAGACAUUUCUGUUUUGAUGACAAGUACCACACUGGAAGUCCCCCCAGUUGUAGUUGCGGCUGUUAAUCUUAAAACUAUCAUAAAUGAGAAACACAACGUGCAUGAGAUUGUGUCAGCAUCAGUCAUAUGCUGUCACCAAGUAAAAAUUGAUACUCCAAUGCGUUCUGAAGAUUGGCAGAAACGGGGAACGAUCAGCCAUUUUACUGUUAUGCGCAAGCUUGAAGGCAGCAUAUUUCCUAUAGGCCUCACCAAAGAAGCUUCUGAUAGGAACCAGAAGGCUGGUAGCAAUGUGCUGGCACUAGAGAGCAGUGAACGUGCUUUGUUAAAUCGCUUGAUGAUUGAGCUUAGUAAACUUGAUUGUGAUGUACUUGUGGGGCACAACAUUUCGGGAUUCGACCUGGAUGUCCUUCUGCACCGUGCUCAGACCUGCAAAGUACCAAGCAGCAUGUGGUCCAAAAUUGGUCGCCUUAGAAGAUCAGUAAUGCCCAGGCUUACCAAAGGAAACACACUAUAUGGUUCUGGGGCAAGUCCAGGAAUUAUGUCCUGUAUUGCUGGCCGUCUCCUCUGUGAUACCUACUUAUGCUCUCGUGAUCUUCUGCGGGAGGUGAGUUAUUCUCUGACACAACUUGCAGAGACUCAAUUGAAAAAAGACAGAAGAGAGGUUUCGCCACAUGAUAUACCUCCAAUGUUCCAAUCAUCGGGAACACUUCUAAAGCUGGUUGAGUACGGUGAGACUGAUGCAUGGCUUUCUUUGGAGCUCAUGUUCCACUUGAGUGUUCUCCCGCUCACACGCCAACUGACAAAUAUUAGUGGUAAUCUGUGGGGAAAAACUCUCCAGGGUGCUAGAGCUCAGAGGGUAGAAUAUCUACUGUUGCAUUCAUUCCAUGCAAAAAAAUUCAUUAUACCAGAUAAGUUUGCUGCACGCAAUAAGGAGCUGAACUCUGCAAAACGAAAGCUUAAUGCUGAUACCGAAGGUGGAAAUGCUGCUGAUGGUGCUGCUGAUCCUUCCAUUGAUGAUGAGGUGCAUAAUGGUGAUCAAGGUAAAGCAAGAAAAGGCCCUUCAUAUGCUGGUGGUUUGGUUUUGGAGCCUAAAAAAGGUCUAUACGACAAGUAUAUUCUACUUCUGGACUUCAACAGUCUUUAUCCUUCAAUAAUUCAGGAAUUCAAUAUCUGCUUCACCACUGUUGAGCGUUCUUCUGAUGGCAAUCUCCCUAACCUGCCAAAUUCAAAGGCUACUGGUGUUUUACCUGAGAGCUUGGUGGAGAGGAGAAGAAUGGUUAAAUCAUGGCUCAGGACUUUAUUGGCCGACAGCCCGGGCAGAUGCUCAGGACUUUAUUGGCCGACAGCCCGGGCAGAUGCUCAGGACUUAGUCCAACGAUGCGUCGGUUGCCAGCUCUUUGCUAAUCAGAGCCACAUGCCACCCACCGCCCUCAAAACUAUACCCAUCACCUGGUCGUUCGCGCUCUGGGGGCUUGAAAUGGUUGGACCCCUUAAAGGGGGAACCCACAAGCACAAAUACUUAUUGGUCAUGAUGGACAAAUUCAUCAAAUGGAUCGAAGCCAAGCCGGUUAAAACG